UCGAAUUCUCGCGCCGGGACGCUCUGUUUUCUGUUACUGAAAUUUUCGCAUCUGUUUGUUCUUUCAUUUUUCGUUAAAUAAAAGUAAGAGACAGAAAACGAGGUCUGCGAAAUUAGGUUUUAUUUACCGCUCCGUUCUCAGCCCGUCCCCUGCGUCAUGUCAGAGGAUGAUGAUUUCACGUUUCAUUCAAUGUUUUCCGACAAAGUGUCGAUAAACAAUGAUGGUUUCGUGUCGCCGGACGGACUUUGCUGGGUGUCGGUGCUGUCAUGUCUGCUGCUUGCCUGCUCUUACGUUGGAAGUUUGUAUGUGUGGCGGAGCGAACUGCCCAGGGAUCACCCGGCUGUGAUCAAGAGGCGGUUCACCAGUGUGCUGAUCGUGUCGGCACUAUCGCCAGUCUUCGUGUGGGCAUGGAAACACUACACUGGCGUCAGGCCAGGACCUUCUCUGCUGGCCCUCAUGGGUAUUCGACUGGAAGGUGUCCUUGCAGCUGCCACUUUGCCCCUGGUACUCACUAUGGCUCUGUUCCUGGGGCCCCUCACCCAGCUGGCCCUGGACAGCCCCUGGGGUCUGCGUGAUGGAAUUAAACUGCUCUUUGACCCCUGGUUCUGGGCGCUGUGUGUGAAUGACAUGCGCUGGCUGAGGAACCAGGUGGUGGCCCCGCUCACGGAGGAGCUGGUGUUUCGGGCCUGCAUGCUGCCCAUGCUGGUGCCCUGCGCUGGGCCCACCACCGCCAUCUUCAUCUGCCCCCUCUUCUUCGGAGUGGCCCACUUCCACCAUGUGAUCGAGCUGCUCCGCUUCAGACAGGUGUCUGUGUCGGGAAUAUUUCUGUCUGCAGUGUUCCAGUUCUCCUACACUGCUGUCUUUGGGGCAUACACUGCUUUCAUCUUCAUCAGGACAGGUCACCUGGUGGGGCCGGUGCUGUGCCACUCCUUCUGUAACUACAUGGGUUUCCCUGCCCUGAGCGCAGCGCUGGAUCACCCGCAACGCCUGCCCAUCCUCUGCUGCUACCUGCUGGGCGUGGUCCUCUUCCUGCUGCUCUUCUUCCCCGCCACCGACCCCUUCUUCUACGGCUCGUCCCCCAUCUGCAGCCUGGCCGGCAGCGCGCGGGACGUGUGCUCCUGAUGCCCCCCUCCACGAGACGGCAGAGCGGAGGGGUGCACUGCCAGCAGGGGGCGCCAUUUCCCCUCAGGUCUUCAGUGUUGUCCUCUGAGAGCUCAGGUUCUCUCUCUCUCACUGUCUCUCUCUCUGUCUGACUCACUGUCUUUCUCUCAUCUUUCUGUCUCUUGCUCUCUUGCUUUCUCUCCUGCCCUCCCUCUCUCUCUCUUUCUCGCUGUCUCUCAUAUCUUUCUCUGUCUUUCUCUCUCUUGCUUUCUCUCUUUCCUUCUCUCUCUCCACACCUCAGUCUCUCUGUUUCACAGUCUCUCUGUCUCUCUCUUAUUAUCUCUCUUUUUCUCUCUCAUGCCUCAAAAAGGCCAAAUCUGAACCAAGUCUUGUGGACCUGUUCCCCUGCAAGAUCUCAUCAUUCACCAGUUUACACUCCUCUCUCUGUUCCUCUUUUUACCUCUCUUAUUCCCUCUUUUUAAUGAUCUCUCUCCCACCGUAUAUUUUAGGAUUUUCUCUCACACACUCACAGGCUCCUUUGUCCUGAAUGUUUUUCACAGAAACUUGAAGCUGUCUCUUCUUGUGAUGGUGAUUACUGAGCCAAUCGGGUUCGGCCAUGCUCAGAGGCCGAGUUUACAUAGCCCAGCACCUCCCUGUUAUCACCCUGUUCUGCUGUGCCCUGCUAUUGCUGGCACAGAGGAGAGUAGAGAAUAUUUAGUGUCCAGGUCAGGAUCACUAUGUCUUUGAGGAAUGUUGUAUACAGCACAACAUUUUUCAAACCUUUCAUUCUUAAAUUGUGACGUUUCAACACCUCAGUUCCUGCUACAGUGCACAAAGCAGUGAUAUUGAUUCCGCAUGAACCUGUUACACUAAGCAUGAACAUGCUAUGCUACACCAUCGAGUAAUACCACAAACCCAAUCAUGUCCAGGGAAAUCCCAUGGUAACCAACAUUACAAAUGCAGUACAUCUGCACGGUGAAGUCCAUGAGAGCUACACCAGACACCGACAGGGUUAUUUGCUCCUGAUGGUUAUAGAAGCUUAUAUCAGUCUCUGUUAUGCUGCUUUAUAGAAAUUUAUCACACACGUAUCUGACGUAUCUCCAUCUGUUACCAUGGAAUUGCCCUCUAGGACAUGUGCGAGUGUCACAUUGAGCAUCACUGGAGAUUAAAGCAAUAACUACAACUUGGCCUCAUCAGGGAUAGCUUUUGGUAAAACAAAGGUGUAUUUGAAUGAAGAACCGGCCUAACGUAUGGUUUGAUGCGAAAUGCGAUUUAACCUUCUCUCCAGAUUUUAUUUAUUCUUUUUAUUUUCAUUUUAAGUAAUUGUUAAGUGUGUAGCAUUAGCACACACCUACCUGUAAGUGUUGCCGAGAAUAGUUUUUUUCUUUUUUCUUCAGAGUCACCCCUUGGUGAUUAAUUUACUACAGAGCAUAAUUUUUGGAAUAGGCUACAUCAUUAUUUUUUUAAGAACCAAAAAGGGACAUUUGUGCCAGCAAAUAAGACAAUAAAGUACUAUAAGCUCUAAGAAACAGCAGAUAUGCGGGUAUUGCACAACGGUAUUUUUAUUAUUAUUAUUUUUUUGUAGAAACGCACUGUUUUAAGUUGAUUGCGUGCGGUGGUGACCUACCUGCUGUCUCUCAGGGGCUGUUUUUACGCCUAAGCGCCUGAACCUGGUCUCCCUGCAGAGAGCAGAGCGAGUUCCCUGUGAGCGUGUUUCCCUACCGCGGGGUGGUCCACACAAAUGUACCCACCAGUAGCAGUGUUCUGUGUGUCCACGUGCGUGGUGAAGCGUCUUCAGGCCCUCUAACUCCAGGCUUUGUUGCGGGUAGCUGUUCAGCCUGUCAAAUCAAAGGGACACUAGCUCAAGAGCGGUCGUCUGGCAGUCAGAAGGUUACCUAGCAUGGCAGCCUAUCACCAAUGGCGUGUGAGCGUGAAUGCGUGAAUGAGAGGCACCGAUUGUAAAGCGAUUUGGAUAAAAGCGCUAUAUAAAUGCAGUCCAUUUACCAUUUACUAUUACACUGCAACAAACAAGUGUUUAUUGUUUCAAAACAAAGGAACAUUGCAGCUCAACGAGUGUUCAUUGUUUGAAAUCAAACGGACAAUAUGGCGAACAAGUGUUAAUUGUCUAAAUCCAAAGAACCGCUACAGCUGAACGAGUGCUUAUUGUUUCCGAUCAAAGGCACAAUAACACAGGCUGAACACAGGAGAGAGGUCCAUGCUGAUGGUUGUGCGUGUAUCCAGCAGGUGGCGCUGUAUGACUAGUAUUGUAAUGUUGAUGAGGGCAAUGAGUAUCUGCAGCAGGAGGAAACCUGAGGCACUCAGGGCUUCGCUGGGGUCUGUCUCCUGUCCCUGGUCAUCCAGUCUGCACAACUUACUUUUUAUUUAAUUAGUUAUUUUGUCGGGCCGUGACACAGACAGCCCGUAAUUGAAAAGCUGCGUUUUAAACUGUCCGUUGUGCGUCGUUCGUAGCUCACGGGCUGGACGCCGGGGGAUCACAUUCAACCGGUCUCCUUCUCUUCCUGUCCCGGGAGAGCAGUUUCCUGGUCCGUGUUUCCGCUGUAGCGUGCUGAGUCGCACGCAAACACCCGUCUGGGUGAAAUGCGUCCGCUGUGGCCGUCUAAGAAACGCUGGCGAGGGGGUAACUUGUUCCCGGAGCUCUCUGCUGUUUCUGUCCAUAUCCGAAUCUAGUGACGUUCACGUCGACUAAAAGGUGCAUACAUUGUACAGCCGUUAAUUAUGGUAGAUCUAUAGAAAUAUAUUUUUGCAAAUGAGUGUUAUUUUACUGAAAAACUUUGGGAAAGCAGUGAAGUACUUUAGGCUUUGGGUCAUGGCCAGCCUGUUACAUUUGCCAUAUAAUGAAAAGUUACACAACACCACUGGAUAGUAAUUUAUUGUUCUUAUUUUUAUUUAGUUUUUUCUUUUGCAAAAGAUGAUGUGGAUGUUUAUAUUACCAAUGAAUAUAUUUUGUAAUGAGAUCUAUUUUGAUGACCUGAAUUGAAUGUUUUGAAAGCUGAUAUAAGUGCAUGUUUCUGUGUUUACAUCACGUGCAAUUUUGGGACAAAGACUUUGACAGUGUUUUAUGACAAUCUUGUAAGGGACCUUGAUGUAUCGAUUUAUUCUUAAAAUCCCUACAAUUUUCAUAAAUAAAUGAGGUUAAUUUAA